AUCAAACAAAAUGGAGGACAUCCAAGCACGUGUGCAGAAAGCCGUUCAUGAAUCUGUUGUAAAAAUCGACAAAGAAUGUCUGCGGAAAAUGCAGGCAGACAUGCAUCGGUGCAGCGUAAAAUGUUGUGAAAAUACCAAAGCAGGACUUGAAGAAACACAGAAUUGUCUUGAACAGUGUGCCAUUCCUGUGAAUAAAGCUCAGAGCUAUCUCCAUAAAGAACUCCAAAUGUUUCAGGACCGGCUCCAGCGGUGUGCGAUGGACUGCCAGGACAAAGUCCGAGACAAAGUAACGGCCAACACAACAGAGGCAGAAGCCAACAAGUACCGAUCAGAGCUGGAGGCAUGUGUAGUGAAAUGUGGCAAUGUCCAUGCUGACAUGCUGCCGGGCAUGAUGAAGAAAAUACAGGGUGUUUUGAACAAAGGACAGUAUUGAUGUUUAUAUACCUUAGCAACAUAUCAUUUAAUGUGUAAAUAUAGUUAGAAUUGUGUGAUGAAUGAGUGACAGUUAAUCAGAUGGUAGUAUAACAAUGAAGUUUUAUGAUAAGUUCUGUGAAAGGUGAAUGUUUGAAUGCCAAGUAGGAUGAAGGAUGUAGAGACUUUGAGCUUGCCCAAGAUGGAUUAAUUCAAGGAUUAAUCUGUGUGUACAAGAUAAUUUUUGAUUUUAAGGAUCUGAUAUACUUGUAACUAACUUGGGAAAUUUAUACACAAUUUCAGUCUUAAGACGUAGCCUGUAUACUACUGAAUUGUGUUAUAUUUCAAGUUAUGUUAUUGGUAAAAACAUUUUGAAGCAGAAGGAUAAUGAUUGUCUUAACAGAGUCAUUAUUUAGGUUGUGGGUUGGGAUUCAGUGUGUUCCAAGCUCUGAAAUAAGUGUUAUGAUUGUGAAGGUUGUGGAAUGAUCUUCUAUUGAGACCAGUCAGGAUGUGAAUUCCCAAUUGGAUAGGGAGAGUAAUAUAUCUACUUAUGACAAAAAGUCAAAUACCUUUGUUAUAUUGAAAUACCCUAGUACCUCUUUGAUCUGCUCCUGGUAUCUGACCAUUCAUAAGGUUGUUUGUCAUCUUGAGUAACCAUGGUAACAUACAGUGAAUGAAGUCAACAAGGUUUGUGAGUACCUGCUAAGAUACUAAGAGUAAAGACUUAAAGCAUACUUUAUACUCAAGGUGAAGUGGAUAUUUAAGUGGAGAAGUAACAUAAAUAACAUUGUAAUCAUCUCAGCAUUUCAUGUUAUUGUUUAUCCAUCGUCAUUAUUGUGUAUUUUUUUUGUUCUGUCAACAAAUAACAUUAAGCAAUUACUUCAGUGUUCAUCUUGCAUAUUGAAUAUUGCUCUUGGAUUAGUUCAUUAUACACAUUCGGUGUUUGAAAUAAUAAAAGAUGUCAGGAUGCCAUUGGGACCCUCAGGCAUUAGAGGCUGCAGGUCCUGGUUAAACUCUUCAGUCCAGCAGUUAGAAAACAGGGUGCUGUUAUACAAAGCAAACUUGGCUCUAGGGUGAUAGUGACUCCCAUACCUUAACAUACAAUUACAAUAGUCGUAGCCCUAAGGCUGUUCUGUACAAUGGCACAGUGUUAUUUAUUGUGACAAAUUCAUUGACAUCUACAUUUAUGACAGGGUAAAUUUGAAACUAUGGGCCCAAUAUGAUAUGAAUCCAUCAUGGGCCUAUGGACAGGCUCCUGUUUUCAAUACUGUACUCUCUGAUUGUAUUCACCUUGGAGAUUUGAUGCUAACAUAUUUGGCCAUAUCAUGAGGAAAGGAUACACAUGUAUAUUACUGAGUCUUGCUGAGUUCAUUUAAUGUUAAAAUAUUAAUGUUAUAAAUAUUACCGAAAUUGAGGCCAGUAUUGUAAGUCCUUAUCUGACUGGUGGGAACAGAUUUGUCUAUUCACAGUCUCCCCACCUGCCAUUGUUCAAGCUGUAUGUACUACAGACAGUGUUCUUUUCAUGGUGUCUGGUUUUGCAUUUGUUUUCAUAUAUAUAUCACUGCCAGUUACGUAUUUGAAGGAAGUGAGGAGAAUGUACAAAAGAAUUUUUAUUUUUUGUAUUUAUAAUCAAAGAAAAUGUGUUAUUAAAUUUUGAAAUAGAGAAGAAAA